CGGCCGGAAACAUGCAGCUGUCACUUUCAUAACAACAGCUCGUCUGUUUGAAUGGGACGUGACUGUUUGUGGAGUCAUUUCAUUCAUCCUCAUGUUGUGAUCUCUGUGUGAGUGGACGUCAUGGACCCUCCAGAGUCAGAGGCGGUGGUCGCUGCUGCUCAGGACCCGGAGCAGAGUCCCAAGCCCGAGCUCUCUGCAGCGAUGCGGGCUAAAAUCGAGAGGAACCGGCAGCGAGCUCUGAUGCUCCGCCAAGCCCGACUAGCGAGCCGCCCUUUGUCCGCGGUGGAGGGCGCCACCUCGGCCAAAGUCUCCAAGACCAUCGACUCCGGAGCCGGCUUCUUCAUCGAGGAGGAGGAGGACGGAGAGGAGGAGCACAAGGCCAGGAAGGUGGUGCAUCAGCCAGCUCCAGUGAUUGAGCCAGACUACCUAAUUUGUGAUGACUGUCAAAAACCCUUUAUGGACUCCUACCUCAGUAACAGCUUUGACCUGUCUGUGUGUGACAAGUGCAGAGACAACGAGGAGAAGCACAAACUGAUCUCCAGAACUGAGGCCAAGCAACAGUACCUGCUGAAGGACUGUGACAUGGACAUGCGAGAGCCUCCGCUCAGGUUUAUACUGAAGAAGAACCCACACAACCCAACCUGGGGCGACAUGAAGCUCUACCUCAAAGUACAGGUGGAGAAGAGAUCAAUGGAGGUGUGGAGUUCGGAGGAGGCUCUGGAGGAGGCCAAGGAGACGAGAGAAGAGAACCGAGAGGUGCAGAAACAAAAGCGCUUCAACAAGAAGGUCAAAGAGCUGCGUCGGGCGGUGAGGAGCAGCAUGUGGACCAAAGACACAAGCGUGCACCAACACCAGUACGGACCAGAGGAGGUGGUGGAUCCAGAGGAGGACCUCUACAAGAAGACCUGCACCACCUGCGGACAUGAACUCUCCUACGAGAAGAUGUAGACACACACACACACACACACACACACACACACACACACACACACACACUGAGACUGUUACAGAUGAUAUUUGGUGCUUCUGUGGGGAACCAUUCCUCUCACAAACCACUUCUACCUCCAGUAGUUUAUUACUUUUUCUUGAAUAAAACGUUCCAUCCUGAUCACAUACAUCACUCUCCUGUGUGAUGCCUGACUUUUUCAGUUCGGGAGUGAUUUCUAUGUUAAAUGGUUGUUACUCAGUGGUGGUUCUAGCAUGUAUGGCACCCUGGGUGAACCCCACCCUCUAAAGCUAAAUCCUAAUCUGGUCCUAUAUCAAAACAGAUUUCAUUGCCUUUCUUCAGGUAAGUCACUGAUACUGCAACACUUGUCUUCGAGAAUGAGAAAAAUGACUGAUGAAGUCGCUCAUAUCUGGUUGCUCGGGGCAUUUCUCACAAACUACAACUAGCAUACCCCCUCCAACAAGGUUAAUUGACCCACACACGACCCACAUGUCAUUGACGUGACGUGACACAGAGUGAUAGAAAAUCCAUUGUGCAACAUGCUGUUACUCAUCUCAGCCUAAAUGUUGAUUCAGAGAAGCUGUUGAUAUUUUUAGCUCUAACUCUGAAGACUGCCUUUUUUAGCUCGCUGCCUGUUGCUUCACUUCCUGUUAGGAAUCCCCUUUCAUGAUGGGCAAAUGAAGGAAAGCGUGUGGAAAUUCAGUCUUGACAAAAGCAGUGGAUUGUGGGGCUCACUCCCAAGUGUAGUGCAAAAAACGUGAAUUUUGAUUUGAUUAUUUUGAAUUAAUUUAGGUUCUUUUUUAGUUUUUAUUUCAUGUAUUUCGGCUGUGGCUGAUCCAGAUGUUCUGAAAGAUUUCAGUCAAAUGUGCUGUGAUGUCUCCAUUCUUAUAUCAAGGCUGAAGGUUAAAUCAUUUCUUGUCCUCUGCCUUAUUCACCUGGAGUGAAUUAGGUCAUAAGGCAUAUAUCAUAGUGGCUUAAUAGUCGAUUAGAAACUUCUGCCGAGCACCAUGUGCUCUAUAACUUCCAAAUGAGGUGAUAUUUUUUACUUUUCAAAAGACAAUAAUUCAAGACUACAUUAGAAAUAAACUUGUUUAUAUCUUUGUAAAACAGUUGUACAAAAGUUAAUUCAUAACUUACAAAAUCUAAAAUUCAUGAAUUAAAAUCUCAGUUUUUUUGGGGGGGGUAUCCUCUUUUUGCAAGAUAUUUUUUAAAAAGUAGCAACCAUAAGGUUUUGCUUUGGAACCAGUUUAUUAAGGUUCGAGAUGUGCUGUUUAUGUCAGUCAGAUGUAGGGUGAUCCUUUUCAUAGCUGUGUAUUGUAAGUAAAAAUAUUCUCUUUUUUUUAUAAAUCACUUGAGACAUUUUUUUUAUUUACAGACUUAUUUGUGGAGUAUCCUGUUUUUGUUAUUUAAAGUGAAAAUUUAAUUUUCAGGAGAACUCUUUGGUUUUUCUAUUUUUAUGUAAUAUAAAGACUUAAGGGACUAGGAAUGGUUUUUGGAAUGUGGUUCCUCAAAUUAAAGACUAAUUCUCAUGUUUUGCUUCUCCCUGUCAAAUUCCCAACUUGUUGCCCCAGUGUUCAAAAGAGCAAAUAAACCAGUAUGUCAUUUG